AUGACUGAAGCGGAGUUGUACUCAGUCUACAAGGGGGUUUAUAUCCCCAAAGAUCUUCACCCACCUGAGUGUCUAAGGAACUAUGAGGAGUUCAACUUUCGGCAGGAUGAUAUUUUAAUUGUUACUUAUCCAAAAUCAGGCACGACUUGGAUGCAGGAGAUCGUCCCAUUGAUCCAGAGCGAGGGGGAUCUCACCCCGGUCCAGACCAUUCCAAACUGGGAGAGAGUGCCAUGGCUGGAGGCGCGGAGUGCGAGAAACCUUAAUCUGGAGGAGAGACCUUCUCCGCGCAUAUUUGCAACUCACCUCCAUUAUAAUAUGAUGCCAGAGUCCUUCUUCAAAGUCAAGCCAAAUGUCUUGUAUGUCCUGCGACACCCAAAGGAUGUCUUCACUUCAUCUUUCCACUAUCAUAAAAUGGCUUCAUUCCUGGUGAAUCCUGGAACAGUGGAUGAGUUCAUGGAAAAGUUCCUUACGGGAAAAGUAAUGUUUGGCUCCUGGUUUGACCAUGUAAAGGGAUGGACACAUGCCAAAGACCAAGAACAUAUUUUAUACGUAUUUUAUGAAGAAAUGAUAAUGGAUCUUAAGGAGUCUGUUCGUAAACUCUCCAGUUUUCUGGGGAAAUCUCUAAGCCAAGAAGUCAUUGCAAACAUAGCUGAUCACUGUGUGUUCAAAAACAUGAAAACAAACAAGAUGUCAAACUAUUCCUUGGUGUCAAGUAAGAUCUUUGACCAGAAAAAGUCAAAAUUUCUGAGGAAAGGCACUUCUGGAGAUUGGAAGAACACACUGACUGAAGCCCAAUCAAAUCAUUUUGAUGCUGUUUAUGAAGAGAAAAUGAGAAAUGUCAAAUUCAAAUUCUUUUGGGAUUGAAUUAGUCAUAGCCAUAGUAGGCUUCCCACAAUCCCUAUGAGGAUGUCAUUGCUUUGAUGAUUUGUGGCAUAGGAGUUUUGAGGAGGUGUUUUGUGUUGUAUUGUCAGAAAUGCAAAUUGAGCGUCAGCGUCAGUUCUGGCAGGCCAAGUAGUCAAGGCGCUGCUAAUCGCUAUGGGCGUCAGCUGAUCAGCUGUCAACUCCCUUCGCACUCCCCUCGCUUCUAAAUGGCUACAUCCAAACAGGAUGCCUUAUUUAAAACUGCUUUAGUUAUUCCUAACUGCUUGCUGUUAGCAUUUAUGCAACCCACCUCCUCCCCUGCUCCACCCUGUCGUGUAUAACAUGGCAUAGGCUUUAUGUCAUAGUUGCCUGCUCUGUUCAUAUGGGGGAAUAGUUUAGCUCGCUCAGGUGAGUCCCCCCUAAUGCUGCUGCUGUCCCCAGGCUCACUGCUCUUUCAUGGUGCUCAUGAAAGGUCUGGGGACCCCUCUG